AUCAGUUAAAUUUUUUUAUUCAAGUCAAAGUCGGUUAGGAAUAAAGAACACUCAUGCUUUAAUCUAAUCGCAAGAAAUAUAUUUUUAAUUAAUCAACUUUUAUUCAUACGUUUAAAAAAAUUACGCUCCAUUAUGGAGUCCAGUGCUUUGUCUUUAUUAUAUUUUGCUGUAAUUGUGUCUCAGUUUUCGUAUUUCAUUUCUCCUUAUUCUCUUUCUGGUUAUCGAUCAGUUGAAGAAACUCAUCAAGACAAUGACAAUGGUGGGAAUCAUAAAUCAUCACCCAUGUUGUCUACCGAAUGUGAUCCCUGUCCCGUAGGGAUCGAUUGUGUACCACAAAUUCAAUGUCCAGCUCAUGUUCUUAUGGAAAAUCAUGAAAAACCACAAAUUUGUGAUUUGUCGGGUGGGAAAUUUGGAUUUUGUUGUGUAACGGGACAAAACCAUACAAUGCAAAAGGAAGCCAAACUACGUUUUCUUGGUUUUCCUACUUUGACCGAGGACAUUCUAGAGAAAGCUCGUGCAAAAUUCGCUAAAUUAAUGCAAAAUGCAGUCGGUACAGCUGUGCAAAGAGGUCAUCCAGACUUUUUGCAUAACAUCGUCUUCCAUUCGAAUCCACAGGAAGAUAUUGAAGGUUUUCACAUUUCUGCAUCAGCCAUGCAAGAAGUUAUUACGUCACAGAUAUUCCGUGAAAUCGAACAUAUUCCAGUUGAAGACUUUGAAACUAAUAACAUCGACGUGGAUUUUGGCUCGUCACCAAUGAGUCAGCAUUGCUCGGAACCACCAGUUUGCCAUAAUAUCCAUUCAAAGUAUAGAACUUUAGAUGGAACUUGUAAUAAUCCCAUUCCACAUCGAUCAAUGUGGGGAGCUGCUGGACAGCCAAUGGAAAGAUUAUUACCACCUGCCUAUGAGGACGGUGUUUGGCUACCACGAACACGAGGUGUCGAUGGUUCACCUUUAAUGGGAACUCGGGAAAUUUCACGAACUUUACUCUUGGACACAAAUAGACCUCAUCCGAAGCAUAAUCUUUUGGUAAUGCAAUUCGGUCAAUUUCUAGCUCAUGACGUCACUCAGUCAGCUUCUGUUCGUUUGGAAAAUGGUGAAGCUAUUGAGUGCUGUAGUCCAGAUGGUUCUGGGGCAUUGCCACCACAUCAGAGUCAUUUUGCUUGCAUGCCAAUUCCAGUAGAGCCACAUGAUGAAUUCUAUUCCCAUUUCAAUCAGCGUUGUAUAAAUUUCGUUCGUCUAUCACUCGCUCCAAAUUCUCAUUGUAAAAUGGGCUAUGCAAAGCAGAGGAGUAAGGUGACUCAUUUCGUAGAUGGAUCUCCAGUGUAUGGUUCGAAUAUACCAUCGGCAAAGGUUUUGCGCACAUUUCGAGGUGGAAAACUUCGUAUGUUUGAUGAUUUUGGAAGAGAUUUGCUUCCUUUGACCAAAGAAAAGGAGGCAUGUGCUAGCAAUGAGCAUGGAAACGUUUGUUUUAAAUCAGGUGAUGGAAGGACUAAUCAAAUAAUUUCCUUGGUGGCCAUACACAUUUUGUUUGCCAGAGAACACAAUCGCCUUGCAGAUGCCUUAGCCCAAUUGAAUCCUAAGCUUAACGAUGAAGCAAUCUAUCAGGAAGCUCGUAGAAUAGUGAUUGCAGAAAUACAACAUAUUGUCUACAAUGAAUAUCUGCCAAUUGUGGUUGGUCCUAAGCAAAUGCAACGUUUUCGUAUAGCCACCACACAUCAAGGCUUUGCAACUGGCUACAGCCCGGAAGUGAAUCCAGCGGUAACUAAUGAAUUCACAGGAGCAGCGUUCCGAUUUGGUCAUUCCACAGUUGAUGGAAAGUUUCAUGUGCACUCGGAUAAUGGUGUCGAUGAGAUAAUUGAUAUUCCAGAUGUUAUGUUUAAUCCAGCCCGUUUGCGUAAAAGAUCGUUCUUAGAUGGAAUUAUCAAUACAAUGUUGGAACAACCUAUGCAAAAAGUAGAUGGAUCUAUUACACAUGGUCUUAGCCGAUUUCUGUUUCGUGGAGCAAAUCCAUUCGGUUUGGACUUGGCUGCUUUGAAUAUUCAACGCGGACGAGAUCAUGCUCUAAGAAGUUACAACAGUUACCUUCAUGUGAGUGGACAAAGGACCAUUCAUAGUUUCAGUCAAUUUCCAUCAGAUGUUGCUCGAAAACUAUCUCAGGUUUAUCGUCAUCCUGAUGAUAUCGAUUUAUGGGUUGGUGGUCUAUUAGAACCACAUGCCCAUGAAGCUUUAGUUGGAUCUACAUUCAGUGAUAUAAUUGCAGAUCAAUUUUCCAGAUUGAAACAUGGUGAUCGUUAUUUUUAUGAAUACGAUUCACAUAUAAAUCCUGGAGCAUUUACCGCGGCUCAACUUAAUGAAAUUCGAAAAUCAUCAUUUGCUCGAAUUAUAUGUGAUAAUGCCGAUCAUAUUGGAGUAUUUGAAGUGUCGCGGGCUGCAUUUGUAAGGCCAGAUUUUACUGGUAAUCAUAAAAUUCCAUGCAAUAGCAAUGGGAUUCCUAGUAUGGAUUUAAAUGCAUGGAGAUUUUAGUCUACUUGUUUAUAUAUAUGUGUAUUUUAUUGUAUAAUGUGUUUUUUUAAUAGUCAUGGCUAAGAAAAUAAAGUUAAAAUUCGUAUUAUAAAAUUAAAAAAAGAA